AUGAGGAUACCCUACCAGCACAACAGUGGCUUCUAUGGGCACUACAGAGGACAAUUCAAGAAUGAAAGUGCUAGAGAAUACCGCCUUGCAGCCAAGCCCCAGCCUCCAACAGCAUUCCUGCAGCGAUGUCAGGAGCCGGUGCAGCAGCAUUUCUUCUCCAAACACGACAAUCGCACAUCCUUCGACAAAGGCCCCUACUGCCUGCUGCAGGGAAUCGGAAGACGGAAAGACCUACAGCGCCUGUGGCAGCGGCAUACCUUCCUGCGCUGGGCACCCUGUGAGCUGGAGCUGAGCAAGCAGCAGCCCCUGGAAUCUUCCUACCAGUCUGAUUUCCGGACAGGCCCAGGACUUUGUGGUCAACCCCAGCGCCUCGUCCACUUUGUGCAGGUCCGGCCUCCACAUGUCAGCACCACCUACCAACAGAACUUCUGCCAGCCAUCUCUGGGCGGCCACUGUGGCACCAACAAGGUAGGGACCCAGGCAUCAGUCGCUGACACACUGCCCGACCUCCCGGGGAUCCCAAGACCCAAGCUGCUGCAGCACUACAUUCACGCUGGGGUCUCUGAGUGUCUAAACUGGUCCCGAGCAUUAAAGGACUAUUAA